CUUCGUGACUGUGCACGGAACUAAAUUGAUUUCCCUCCAAAAAAAUCACGCAUAGCAUUCAAAAAGUGACGGUUACAUUAAAAAAUUGCAAAAAAUGCAAAGAAAAUCCAAUUCUACAGUGAACUGAAUUAUAAGAUAAGGAAUUUCAACGUCGGCAGUUUUAUUGUGAGUCAUAGUCCCCCACAAUAGACAGUUUUUUUUGUGUAUAGAUUGCAUAUCUUUAGCAUUUAAGUCGCUUUGUGGGCGGAUAGUGCAGAAAAAUGGAAGCAAAAAUACCACCGUGGAAAUUAAUUUGGGAAGAAGUGUGUCCCAUUGAGAAACGCGGAGCAAAUACAUUGGAUGAAUGUCAACAAAUAUGCCUCCAAAUAAUUCUUCUAGUCUUCAUCUCAAUGGCCUCAGCUUAUCACUUUGGCCGUCAAUUGUACGCUGUCGUACGUACAAGAACACAAAAAUGGACAAUAAUUGCUAGAAUAGUUACCGUUGGUGCUCUUGGGCUACUUCCAGUGGCUAGAACAUACUUCAGUGUCAGCAAUGGAGUAACAAUUUGGCCAAUUGACAUCCUCCUGGCAUGCUUUGAAUGCAUAACCUGGAUUGUCCAUUUGGGCUUUUUACUCUCUCUGCGAAAGCGUGGCAGUGUAAAUUCCCGUGGACCACUUAUAAUUACCGUUCUGUGGGCUUUUGCCUUCAUCUUAAGCAUAACAUGGCUUCAGGAGGGCCUACGAAAGCCCCUCUGGGGUUGGCGUCUCCCUACCCUGAUCCUACAAUUUUCCUACGGACUCACACUCAUACCCUCGGGUCAGGGCAGAGUAAUAACGCGAUUGAAUCGUGAUGAGGAAGAACGCCAGGCUCUCCUCAGUAAUCGCUAUGUGCGUUUUCAGCAGAACAUUGAGGAGGCAUCUCUUGGUCCAGCCCAAGAUGGAGUCACGUGUUUGUCCAAAAUAUUGUUCUACUGGGUGAAUGAUCUCAUUGAAAAGGGAGUUGAAGGUGCACUAAAAAAAGUUGAAGAUCUCUUUGAUCUGCCCGAAUGCCUCUCAAUUAUCGCAAUAACCGAGAAAUUCCAGAAGAGUAUUGAUCAGACUAAAACACUCUUUUGGGCAUUGCAUAAAGCCUUUGGGCGAGAAUUCUACACAAUUGGUCUCCUAAGAUUCUUUGGAGACAUUUCUGGAUUUGCAGGACCACUCCUACUUGGAGGACUGAUCGGAAAGGAAGAUUCAGACGCAUCAGAAACUUCACCUUUCUUCUAUGCCUUUGGACUCUUCGGCAGUGCCAUUAUUUCUGCCCUCAGCACUGUUCACUUCAACUGGAGAAUAUCUCUAGUGACCAUGAGAAUGCGCGUUGCAAUAGUCACAGCAAUUUAUCGAAAAUCUCUCGAAGCACGUGGCCUUAAAAAUUCACGACCUGACAUACUAAAUCUCAUGUCAACAGACACAGAUCGCAUUGUGAAUUCUUGCGUUAGUUUUCACUCUUUCUGGAGUAUACCUUUUCAACUCUUCACAACUCUGUAUCUUCUGUAUACGCAAGUUGGUGUGGCAUUUGUAGCUGGAGUUAUCUUUGCUGUUGCACUCAUUCCAAUUAAUCGAUGGUUAGCUCUGAAAAUUGCUAAAUUGUCCCAAGGACUGAUGACGGCAAAAGAUGCCAGGGUGUCUCUAUGUUCGGAGGCACUUUCGGGAGCUAAGCAAAUCAAACUUUAUGCAUGGGAGGAUAUUUUUGUGGAGAAAAUUGAAGAAUUGCGCAGAACAGAAGUGAAAUUCCUUGCCAAGAGGAAGUAUUUGGAUGCUGUAUGUGUCUAUUUUUGGGCAACAACACCAAUUCUUAUGUGUUUGCUUACAUUUGGCGUGUCCGUCUUAACGGGAAAUAUCCUUACACCUGCCACGACGUAUACGAGUGUUGCACUUCUGAAUAUGUUGAUUAGCCCUCUGAAUGCCUUCCCGUGGGUUCUCAAUGGAUUAACUGAGGCUUGGGUGUCACUGAAGAGAGUACAGGAACUUAUGUCAUUGCCAAAUGUUGAUCUCACACAAUUCUACUCACCGGUAGAGAAUGCAAAGAGUGAGAAGAAGAAACACCCAAUUGUUCUGUCUAUUGAAAAUGCAACAUUUGACUUUGAGUUCAAUCGUCAGAGAGAUGGAAGUGAAAUUAUUGUUGCUGAUAUAGUAGACUUUCAGUUGGAGAAUGUUUCAAUUGUGGUAAGAAAGGGAGAAUUGGUGUGCCUCGAAGGACCAAUUGGUGGUGGAAAGAGUUCCCUACUGUCGGCAAUUGUGGCAGAUUUGAGUCGUGCAAGUGGCACUGUGAGUAUUCAGGACCUGCAUUCGGGCUUUGGGUAUGUGUCACAGACAUCCUGGUUGCAGAGAGGCACCAUCCGAGAGAAUAUUCUAUGGGGUACGGUUUUUGAUGAGCAACGCUACAAGAACGUCGUUUGGGCUUGUGCUCUAACUGAAGAUUUCAUGCAACUUGGUGGUGAUCAUGUUGGAGUUGGUGAGGGCGGACGAACUCUGUCAGGUGGUCAGAGAGCCAGAGUUGCUCUGGCUAGAGCGGUGUAUCAGAACAAGGCAAUAUAUUUGAUGGAUGAUGUUCUGGCGUCUCUGGAUGCCCAUGUAGCAGCUCACAUUGUGAAGCACUGCAUCCUGGGACUUCUUGCCGGAAAGACUCGUAUCAUUGUAUCAGAGAAUCGUACACUCCUCCAUCAUGCCAAUCAAAUACUCCAUGUAGAUGGUGGUCAUGUGACACAGAGUGAACUCAUGAAUGAUUUUUUGGAUUUCAGUGAGGAAGAAAGUGAAGACACUUGUGAAAAUGGUGUGGAAAAUGUUUUUACCACGGUCAAAUUGGAGUCAGAUGUCGAAACAGACAAACAAAGUGUGGACAGUAUAAUGCUAGAUGAGACACGAGAAUAUGGCACUAUAAAAUCCAGUGUGAUUUUUGCCUACUGGAAGGCCAUGUCCAACACAGUUGCUUUCACCGUCUUCAUUGCAAUAAUGCUCAUGCAAACAUCACGCAAUGUGUCGGAUGUUUGGUUAGCUCACUGGGUGUCACAGUACAAUGUCACAAAUACAAAUUCCACAGAAAGUCCAUCAUUGGGAUAUUUUCUGGGAAUUUAUGCUGGUUUAGCCACUUCAAACUCUGUCUUUACACUCUUGCGAGCCUUCCUGUUUGCCUACGCUGGCAUAAGAGCAGCUCGACAUAUCCACUCUAAAUUACUCAAGCGAGUUUUUGCCACCAAGUUUCAGUUCUUCGAUAUCACUCCACUCGGACGAAUUCUUAAUCGCUUCUCAUCAGAUACUUACACCAUUGAUGAUUCACUUCCGUUCAUCUUUAACAUUCUACUAGCGCAACUUUUUGGACUUGUUGGUGCUAUUAUUAUCACACUCAUUGCCCUGCCCUGGCUGAUACUCCUUGUUGUGCCCAUGUGUCCCGUAUAUGUGAAUCUUCAGUCACGCUAUCGGCACGCUUCGCGGGACAUUAAGCGUCUGAGCAGCAAUGCCUUAUCACCCCUCUACGCUCACUUCACGGAGACAUUGCAAGGCAUGACAACAAUCCGAGCUAUGAGAGCAUCUGGACGAUUUAGACGGGAUUUUCUGGUGAAAGUGGAGGAGAGUACCCGAGCUCAACUAACAGCAUCAGCGGCUCAGCAAUGGCUUGGAUUGAGAUUGCAGUUCCUGGGAGCAACUUUGGUUGGUGGAGCUGGAAUUUUGGCUGCUCUGACGUCUGCCCACGAAACUAAUCCGAGUUUUGUGGGCCUAGCUAUUUCAUAUGCUCUCUCUAUUACUAGUCUCCUGGGCGGUGUGCUGAAUGCCCUGGCAGAGACAGAGCAGGAAUUGAUCGCGGUGGAACGUGUGAGUCAGUAUUGCGAACUUGAGGGGGAGACAAAUGCUUCCGGAAGCAUCGAUCCGCCGUUUGGGUGGCCGUGUCAGGGUGUUGUGUCUUUUGACAAUGUUGUGAUGAAGUAUCGAGAUCAUCUGCCACCGGCUCUCAAGCGUGUCUCCUUUGAGACGAGUUCUUUCGAAAGGGUGGGAAUUGUGGGAAGAACAGGAGCAGGAAAGACUUCCAUUGUGGCGAGUGUGAUGAGAGUGGCACCGCUAAGUAUUGGAAAGAUUGUGAUUGAUUGUGUUGAUGUGGCCACAUUGCCCAUCAGUGUGCUGCGAGAGAGGAUAGCCCUUGUGCCUCAGGAACCUUUUCUCUUUGGGGGAACGGUACGGGAUAAUUUGGAUCCGAGGCGUAGGCACUUUGAUUCGGAGAUAUGGAAAGCGAUAUCUCUGUGUUUGGCAGCACCGUUGGUGCAUGGUCUUGGGGGCUUGAGUGGCUAUAUUGCUCCCGGGGGAAGUAAUGUUUCGGCUGGAGAGAGACAAUUGCUUAGUCUGGCUAGAGCUAUGCUCAAAAAUUCCAAAGUGGUGUGUAUUGAUGAAGGAACGGCCAAUCUCAAUGCUGCCAGUGAGAUUGCUAUUCGUUCGGUACUGAGAACAGCCUUCAGGAGUAGUACUGUGAUUUUUAUAGCUCACAGAUUGAGUGGUCUGCAGAAUACAGACAGAAUCUUCGUGAUGGAUGGCGGGGAAAUUGUGGAAAGUGGCUCACCUAAUACACUCCAAUCGGAUGUUAAUUCAGUGUUUUACGGAAUGGUCCAGGAACAAACGCAAAGUGAUCCUACUUAUGGAUCUAAGAAUCGAAGUUUUUCUUUGUCAAUUGAAUGAAUGUUUAAAUAUUUUCUUAAGUAGGCUUUUUCUUUUAAAAUUUCAAAGUAUUUGAGUGUUUAUAAAAUUUAUGAUAUUAAAAUAUUUUACUUAAUA